AUGAUCAUCUCGCGAGUAGCCGGCCUGCUGGGGCUGCUGUCUGGAGCACUUGGAUACAAGGCUCUCUCGGACGACGGGCUCCGCAACAUCGCCGACCCGGCCAACGACUUUGACAUCAAACAAGGUGCCCUACUGGCUCCUAUUCUGCAACCGCGUGUCCCUGGCACUCCUGGUUCGACUGCCGUCCUAAACCACUUUGUCGACUUCUUUCGGAAGGAGCUACCCGCAUGGGACCUGACGUUCCAGAACUCUUCAUCGACGACACCCAUCUCAGGCAAUGACGAGACUCCCUUUGUCAACCUCAUCGCGACCAGAGACCCCGCAUGGGCAGAUCAAGGACAUGUUGGAAGACUCGCCUUGGUCGCCCACUAUGACAGCAAAAUCGACCCACCAGGCUUCAUCGGAGCCAUCGACAGCGCCGCCCCAUGCGCUAUGCUGAUGCACGCUGCCAGGAGUCUAGACGACGCCCUAACCAAAAAGUGGACUGCUAUGGAGGCUGAAGGUGAAAGCGAGUUGGAAGAGGCGAGUGGUAUACAAAUCAUCCUACUGGAUGGGGAGGAGGCCUUCAAGGUCUGGACCCACGACGACUCCAUCUAUGGCGCAAGGUAUGACCAGAAGCUUGACAUCUCGACUCAUGCGUGCAGCUGA